UGGGAAAUGCCCCAGAAUCAUCUGAUGCCCUCGGGACGCUUUUUAGGGGAUAUUUCUUUACGCUACCUGCACAUACAUACAGUCACAUAAAUGAACAUGCUAGGCUAAGGAUGGGUGGAGCAAAAAUGGCUGUCACCUACACCAUAGGCUAAGCGCGACUAAUUCGUAACGUCAUUCUCAAGUUAGGGUGAAGUGCGGCUUGAGAAGUCACGUGUAAGUGGAAACUGAUAUUUUUGGCCUGCUCUGUUUGUUGACUAAACAAAAACUUAACAGUACCACGGUACCAAAAUAGAUAUGUCAUUUUCAUUGGCAUAAUUAACAACGUCAUGCAUUGUCAUGGAAACUGCAUUUAGAGGCAACGCUAAAAGGAAACACCUGAGUGUCCAUGACUGUGCGGCUCUGCGCUGCAGCAGUGAGGGGACAUCCUCCCUCACCCAGCCUUUUACCAGCCGCCGCAGCAGCAGAGAUUUAAACAGGGGCCUCUACCCUCGGACUGCAAGGAAGAGAGGGAAGCCAGUAACAGGUCACUGUACAAUAAGCCCUCAUAAAAUGGCAGAAGGGAUGAUAGAGGAAGACAGUUGUAAUGGAGACGUGCUUGCUGAGGAGGAGGAACUGCUGUCCAGUGUCCCGGAAGACUUCUUUUUGGAGGACUUUGCCGAGGAAAUGGCAUCUAAAGAGGCUGUAUUGACAGCCAGUCGGAAACGAUCCUUUGAUUCUAAAGACGCUCAGGACUCUCAUAGCGCAGAGUUCAGUGACUGGGUUAAGAAGCCCUGGUCCGAAGGUAGAGCUCGUGGGCUCCUUGAAUCCAAGGAGGAGGAAGAGGAAAUUCCUGUUGAUCCACUUCCUGAUGUUCAUUAUGGACUUUUGGGAACUAGUCAGUUUCAGCGGGAUCCCCAGGGACACAUUAGCCACCUUCCAGAAGAACUCCUCAUGUCAAUCUUCAGUCACCUCCCUGCUCAAGAUCUCUAUCAACACAUCAGUGUUGUCUGCCAACGCUGGAGAGCCAUAGUUAAUGACCCAUUGUUUGUCCCCUGGAAAAAGCUGUACUUUCAGUUCAGGAAAGGAAAGAGCCAGGCUGUAAAAGAAAUUGAGCAGAUUCUCUCAGACAAUGACAUCACAGAGAACCAACAGCAGUGCGUGAUGAAUCUGGUGAAGUACAUGUCUCAGUUUAAACACAGCCGAAGUACACAACCAGAGGCCGUCCUGAAGUGUUUGAAAGAUCACCACUUGUACCCUCAGGCUGAAGCGUGUAUUUAUACCAGAAUGCCAGAGAAAAAAAUAGAUGGGGCUGUGAAUGUGUGGGCUGCCUUCGCUCUGAUUGUGCUUCUCUCAGAUGGUUUGAGAGACGUUCAUAAUCUAGUGACUUCCCUUAGAAGACCAAGCUCCACCUUGUCGCUCUCUGAGAUCUCCGAAAUGCUGCACUGCAUGGCAGUGCUGCUUUUUGCAAUGAGGGAGAAUGGAAUCAAUAUCAGCAGCAGGUUUCAUUACAACCUGUUUUAUGUUUUGCAUCUAAUGGAGAACUGUACCCCGAUCUCAAGAACACAAGGGUCUGGCAAGGGAGCAUCUGGUGUGGCAGAAAUAAAUCUUACUCAUGAACAGCAACAGAUCCUGAAUCAUGAAAUCACUAAGGGGCAUGUAGUCAAAAUCAUGGCGUUUGCAGGUACAGGGAAGACCUCCACUCUUAUAAAAUAUGCACAACAGAGACCCCACCUACGCUUCCUGUAUGCAGCUUUCAACAAGUCCGUGGCUGUGCAAGCCAAACGAAUGUUCCCAUCGAAUGUGGAUUGUAAGACCAUCCAUUCCAUGGCCUACCAGCAGGUUGGCUUCAUGUAUAAGAGGUAUAAGAAGCUGAACAUGAAUAGUUGCCUGAAGCCUUUCUCAGUGGCAUGGGUUCUACCUGAAGGAAGGGGGGGGUUUGUGAGGGCCAAGCUUGUCACCCAGACCCUGCAGACUUUCUUUGCUUCUGCAGAUCGUACAAUCACCAAAGACCAUGUCCCAAUGCAGUGCAAAAACACACGGGGAGAAAUGGAGCUGGUAGAACAUGCAGAGAAACUGAAAAUUGCACAUGAUGCAGAUGGACUCUGGGAGAAGAUGAAAUUGUUAAAAGAAACAAAAGAAUCCAGCUACCACAUGACACAUGACGGAUAUCUAAAACUUUGGCAGCUUAUGAGGCCAUGCCUCAGUCAAUAUGAUGUCAUCUUCAUUGAUGAAGCUCAAGAUUGCACUCCAGCAAUCAUGGAUAUCGUUCUUUCCCAGGCUUGUGGGAAGAUCCUGGUUGGAGACCCUCACCAGCAGAUCUACACCUUCAGAGGCGCAGUCAACGCCCUGUAUGAAGUACCCCAUACCCACAUCUAUUACCUAACACAGAGUUUCAGAUUUGGCCCGGAAAUUGCUUAUGUUGGAGCUACCCUUUUAGAUGUUUGCAAAAAAGUGAAGAAGACUCUGGUGGGAGGUAAUCAGGAAGGUAACGUAAGGGGAAACACAGAGGGGAAGAUUGCCAUUUUAUCCCGCUGCAACUCCACUGUUUUUGAUGAAGCAGUGAGGGUGACUGAAAGAGAGACGCCUCCAAAAAUCUACAUUAUUGGCGGUGUUGAUAGUUUUGGAUUAAGAAAAAUCUUGGAUAUCUGGAUACUGUUGCAGCCCGAGGAGGAACGGAAGAGAAAGAACUUGGAAAUAGUGGACAAAUUUAUCCGCUAUUUUGCUCGUAAGGAUGGCUACAGAGGCCUUAAGGAAUAUGUCUUUAAAGCUGAGGAUGGGGAGCUGGAAGGGAAGAUUUCUGUGGUGGAGAAAUAUACUUUCCGUAUCCCUGAGUUGGUACAAAGAAUAAAAGACUGUUCUGUCAUUGAUGUUACAUUUGCAGAUAUUGCUCUAGGGACUGUCCACAAAGCCAAAGGACUCGAGUUUGAUACAGUAGAAGUAACUGAUGAUUUUGCUAAAGUCCCAUGUGCCAGACAUAAUCUUCACAGAUUACCCAGAUUUAAUCUUGGGUCUGUUCCUGACGAUGAAUGGAACUUGCUAUAUGUGGCAGUGACGCGAGCUAAAAAGUCUCUGGUGAUGACCAAAUCCAUUGAAAACCUCCUCACACUGGCAGGGGAAUAUUUCCUGAGGUCAGAACUCACCAGCAACCUCUUCACAGAGGGCCAGCUGCCUCGCUGCACAGUGAGGGAGUGCCACAACACCGUGAGAGAGGAAGCAGUUCUCACAAUGAAGAAAGUGCCCAUAAAAUAUAGUGACAAAGUAGAUGUGGGCGGUUCUUUCUGCUCUACCUGUGUGGAGCAACGCCUGGGACCAAUUACAUACCUCACAGGUUCUGCAGAGCUUGUGAAAUCCAUGGAUUAUACGGUGGAGCAUGUAGACUUGCCAGCAAACAUAGCCCGGUUGCUUGCUCUGAUUUAGAAUUAUUAUUAUUAUUAUUAUUAUUAUUAUUAUUAUUUAUUUCUUAGCAGACGCCCUUGUCCAGGGCGACUUACAAUCGUAAGCAAAUACAUGGGGAGAUUUAAAGGUAUAUAUUUUCUUAUAUAGGGUUAGAAUAUAAAAAGGUUAUCUUAAUAAAACGAAUAUGGGUCCAAGACUUUGGACAAAAAGGCUUCCCUCUUUUACUCUAUUGCCUAUAUUUGACUCUCUUGCUAUAUCACAAGACCUUUCAGUGCAUUAAGUAUAUACAGCCCACAUUACAUAACCUAGCAGUAUAUUGGGCAUAUAAAGCCCACAUCACAAAAAAAUUGUGUACCAAUGUCUACAACUCUCAACGCAUAGACUGUCUGGCCAAUGGGUUCCGAAUUGUUUUUAUCAGUAAGUGGGUGGGGUUGGGACUGUCUGUUGUGAGAGUUAACAUAAAUCUGUCCCUCUGCAACACUGCCUCUAGUAUGAAAUGCAACAUAGAACAAAUGUGCUAUUUCUUACGUCCACUUGGGGCAGUGUUUGCAGGGGGAAAGCUUAAUGAUUGCAAACUGAUGUAGCAGGGUGCGAGACAUGUUUGAGAGCUGUAUUAAUUCCACAGGGUUUGCUUGAAACUUCCAAGUUUCAAAACUAACGAGGACGUGGUGACUGAAACAGAAAAGUAUGUUCAAAGUGAAACUAAACAUCAAGAAUAAUACAAAAGUUUAAGAUAAUUUCAUACACAAACACGUUGCUCUUUUAAGUGGGUUCAGAGCCAAGGCAGAUGACCAGAUUUUCAUGGAACACUCACAAACAGCUUUUUUUUGUCUAAUUCAUAACAUCUGCAUCUGUCCCAUGCCACAGCCAGAUGGAAAAUUGAUUGUUUAGCACUCCUUUAAGAAUGUGGACUAUCAUCUGAUCUGGAGAUGCAAUAUGUACAAAUUAAAUUCAGUUAAUCAGGAUUGACCAGAACAAAAGGCCUUUUAUUGCUUGACGUUUUUGCUUCCUGUUUUUGAAGACUUACAGCUGUGGCAUGACUGCAGUAUAGCUACGGAAUUUGUGAAGUUUUCAGUUGUCUUAGGAGUGGUCUGUAGCACUAAAUCAGAAAAGCAUUCAAUGACAUUUGAUUUGUAUUUGUUCUGUGUUGUGUGUUUUUUUUAUUUUUUAUUAAAUAUUUAGUGAAAGCA